CAUAGAUAAAUUGAAAAGACAGCAUUUCUAGUUAAUUUAUCAGAAACCUAUUUGAAAUUCUGAGUGCUAGAGAGGUAACCUUAAGAAUUAAUAUAUCGAGUUUGAAAAAUUAAAAAAUAGUCAAGUUUAUGAUUCUAUUAUUUACAGAUAUAAAUAUUCGUAUUGAUGCUUUCAUAGCCUGAAAAUUAAUAGAUUUGAUUAAUUCUGAUAGUUCUCAUAUAUGUAGAUAAGUUUUCCAGAAUACAAUUCAAUAGUCAUCCGAGUUUCAUAGUAGACGACAACACAAGCGAAACAAUGAGUAUAGAUAUCUUUUUUUUCGCGCACAGGCAAUAUGGAAAGAUGCUCUUCAAACAAAACUCAAAAGAAAGAGAUUUGAAAAUCGAAAUAAUACCGAAGUUCAAUACUAUCAAUUAAAAUAUUCACGUAUUGGUUCUGGUCGUCCAGUCAAAAAACAAUUUGGUGAACUUGCUCAAAAAGACUGGCAAAAACAAAUUAUGUUAUUAACCUAUGAUGAUGCUACAUUAAAAAAUAUUCAAACAAAAGCUGAAAAAUUACGUGAUUUGUCUGAUAUUGAUAUACAUACUCAACUUCACUUAUGGCAAGAAACUGUCCACUUUAGACAUCAAUGUAUUCGUGAAAAGCCAACAUCAGAAAUUCUUAAAGAAUUUCCAGGUUAUUCAAAUCAACUCCUGAUAUUUGAAGAAGUCAAAAUGACCACAAAUGUUGAUUUAAGUGCUGCUGUUAGACGACAAAUACCAAUUUUACUUGAAAAAUUAGUUAAAGUACCUGCUUUUAUUACUGAUUCACCUGCUAUUCAAUUACUCAAAAUUCUAUGUCAACAUUUUGAUGAAAUUGUACAUCAUACGCUUGCUGAUUCUGAACCAACAACACCAUAUCCUACUUUGAUUUUUAUUAAUGACCAAAUCCAUAUUUAUGUCGACUUUAUAUUAAUUGUUUCCACAACAUCACCAGAUUAUGCUUUAGGUCUACUUAUCGCUAUGUACAACAUUUUCGAACUGAAUUUUCGAAAAAACAGUCGUGUAGUGAGAUUUUUAUAUUGUAUUUUUCAUAACGAUAAACGUUUUCUGUCAAACGCAAUGCGUCUGUUAAUCAAGGAAAACAAUAUCGAGAUUAUGAACGAAACAAAUCAACUACAAGCAGCACCUUCACAUUCACUCUAUAGCAAUUCAACAAUACAAAGUAGCAAUUCACAGACUUCAACACAACAUAAAAUCAUCGAAAACAAUGCAUCUAUCAAUCGAGAAAACGAAACCAAUGGUCCUGAUUUAACAAAUUCAUCUUAUUCAAAUAAUAGUGUUGAUUUACAUGAUAAAACACCAGUUGUUCUAAAUGAGUUACAAAAUCAUGUUACAGAUCCAUGUUUGUCAAUUAAUUCUCGACACCAGAGAGUAAAUUGUCUCAAACGACAACAAAGCCAGCACAUCGAGAAACAAACAAGUCAAAAUUCGUUCACCGUUGACAAUGAUCACGAUGAGCAAUUUCAAGAUAAUAUUAGUCCAACGAAUGAAGCUAAAUCAAAUAUCUCUCAUGGAAAAAAUAAAAGAAGACGUCGUUAUUAG